AUGUACGCAUACUUUUCCUCCUUUUCCUCCUCUUUUUCCCCCACUUCGUCAAGAGAGCCAGCGCUCAAUUUGAUACUACGACCGGCGACCUACUCGGACCUCAAUGCCAUGACUGAGCUAGGUUUGGCGGCCCUCCCCGAUGGCCCUACAUGGCUGUACCGUUUCCCCAAGGCCAAACUACAUCCAGAGGACCAUUACAAAUUUAGCCACCUUCGCUUCUCAGAAUACCUUAUCAAUGUGGGAAUUGGAGUAUACGCUGUCGUGGUUGUCGAAGCCUCCAGCGGCGAUGAUCCGUCGUCGCCUAAAAUCGUCGCCAUGAGCAUGUGGAUACCCCCGAGGUCUCACCUGCCCAAUCCAGAUCGUGCGGUCGUAGGGCCCAAGCCCCCUUCCGACCACACUGAGCGCAAGAAUGCCAACCGUCAGAGAAUGGUGGAGUUCCGGAAGCAACUUGCUAUCGCGAAAGGACGUCACUUCGAUGAUGUGUACGGCAAUGAACAGUUGAACCUCAUGAUCCUUGCUACGCACCCAAGCUACCGUCGCCGCGGGGCCGGCACAAUGCUGGUCAAGUGGGGCGUGGAGAAGGCUGAAAGGGAGCGCCUUGCAGUGACUCUCUUCUCUAUUCCUACGGAUUUAAGGCUUUAUGCUCGCCUGGGAUUCAAGGAAGUGACUACGAGGCACGUCCAGGUCGAGGGCGAGGAAGAGGCCAUUGACCUACCUGCUGUUAUUUGGGCUCCGCCAAUCAACCAGUAG